UCUCCAAUCAGUCUCAUCAUGGCAUUCAAGCUCUCAGCCCUGUUCUGCACUGUCGUUGCGGUCGCCACGGCGGGCCUGAUUCCAUCGGGCCCCCAAGGUUUCCAGGGCGCUUCUGGUUACAGUAACGACAACGACUACCCCCAGACGACCCCCGACUAUCCCCACGCCGGAAACGACUUCUCUCGAGUAGGACCCCACGGCUUCAACACCCCGAGCACCCCCAGCGACUUUGGGCAAUCCGGUCACGCUUACGCCGUGAACGAGUACACCCAGACAACAGGAGAGUACAAUUCUCGUCCCUCGAACGAUUUCUCGCAGUCCACACCCGACUACAGUCACAGCGGAAACGACUUCGCUCAGACUCCUCAGACUCCUGACUACGCUCAUACCGGAAACAACGAUUUCAGCCACACGACCCCGAGCUACCCCCACGUCUCGAGCGAGUACGCGUCGACCACCCCGAGCUACAGUCAAACCACCCCGAACUACGGCCAAAGCGGAAGUGACUUCGGCCACGGUUCUACCGGCUUCUCCCACAGUGCCAUAAACUUUGCUCGUCCAGCUCCAGGCUUCGGACACUCAACCGGAGGCGACUUCACUCAGACGACAUCGAGCUACUCUCAUGGAUCCUCGCCUUUCCCUCGUCCGACUCCCGUCUUCGUGCCGAACAGUCAGAGCUACAACCAACAGCAAUCGUACAACUCUCCGAUCGUCAAGAACGAGGUCCACGAGGUCGAUGCCGACUACAAUACCAACCCCGAGUACAGCUACUCGUACAACGUUCACGACGAGAACACCGGCGAUGUUAAAAGCCAACAGGAAACCCGUCGCGGCGACGUCGUCGAGGGAAGUUACUCCCUGAUCGAGGCUGACGGAACUCGUCGCAUCGUCGAGUACACCGCCGACGCUCAUAACGGAUUCAACGCCGUCGUCCACAAGGAAGGCGUCCCCCAUCCUCAGCCGACCGAGAACUACACCCCCGCUUCCGUCACCGGGAAGUACGGAACACCCGCCACUCACCCUCCUCAAGGCUUCACAUCACCAGCUGAACACACCGGUUUUGCGGCCUCCACACCCCGCGGUCCCUUCGACGCUCCUGCAUACGGAUAUCAACAUUGAUUAGCUAAUUCGCAAACAACUUGGAAACCUAUUUAUUCAAUAAAAAAAAUAUUUUUUUAACUAAA